AAAACACCAAGUAGUUUAAGUGCAAGAGAUGAACCCAGAAGAUUCUAUGGAUGAUGAUUAUUUAGAAAGUUCGAAAUCACGAUUUUCAUUUCAUAGAACUGAAGACAAAAAACAUAAAGGAACAAUAUGCUGCGGUCACAAUACAUGUCAUUUAGACCGCUACAAUCUCAUUAGCAGCGUAAAACCGUUCACCGCUAGACCAUAUACAUUGUACAAAAUAAUUUUGACAACGGCUGACGUUCCUGGUGCUGGUACAUCGGCUCAGAUCUACAUAACACUUAAAGGUGAAUGGGGGUCUUCCACUCGUCAGAGGCUCAAGAAGGAAAGGGUUUCAACAAGAAAUUCACGUUUUUACUUACAUCCUGGCUCAUCAAACACAUUUUCAGUGGUUUCUCCAGACUUAGGAGGUUUACAUUCUGUUUUUGUUGAGGUAAUAUAAUCGACAUUUCUGUCAUCAAUGUUUACGCGUUUGUGAUUUACCUCUUAUUGAGAUUGAACUAGUAUAGAAAUGUUGUACGAAAGUUUUAAUUUCAGAUAAGAUAUUUAUCUCUUGAG